AUGUUCACCUUUACUCCUUUGCUAGGGGCGCAAUCCUCUAGCUCGAGAGCUGUCCAGUCGAUAUUAGAGCUUGAUGGUGGAGUGAAGAUACUAGUUGACGUUGGUUGGGAUCAUAGUUUUGACACAUCUGCCCUUGCAGAACUGGAAAGACAAAUCCCUACUCUUUCACUUAUUCUUUUAACCCAUGCGACGCCAUCUCAUAUUGGUGCAUUUGCCCAUUGUUGCAAGACAUUUCCACUUUUUACACAAAUUCCCGUUUACGCAACCAGUCCAGUCAUCGCAUUCGGUCGCAGUCUACUUCAAGAUCUUUAUGCCUCCGCGCCUCUUGCUGCAACUUUUUGGCCACCAGCCACUGCUGGAGCUUCAUCCCCAACGUCAGCGGCGGCUUCUAGAACUGCAAUUUCACCAGAAUCUGCUGAUACAGACCAGAACGAACGCCCCCGGAUACUUCUACCUCCACCUUCAACGGAAGAAAUUGCUCGAUAUUUCUCGCUCAUUCAGCCAUUGAAGUAUUCUCAGCCGCAUCAACCUUUGCCUUCCCCAUUUUCUCCUCCUCUCAACGGUUUAACCCUCACGGCAUAUAACGCUGGUCAUACAGUUGGAGGAACUAUAUGGCAUAUCCAACAUGGUAUGGAAUCCAUUAUUUAUGCAGUAGACUGGAAUCAAGCAAGAGAGAAUGUCAUUGCUGGUGCUGCUUGGUUUGGAGGGAGCGGAGGGAGCGGAACAGAAGUCGUUGAACAAUUGAGGAAACCAACAGCGUUGGUGUGCAGCACAAGAGGCGGAGAUAAACUUGCCCUCUCUGGUGGGAGGAAGAGAAGAGAUGACCUUCUCUUGGAUAUGCUGCGGAGUUGCUUUUCCAAAGGUGGAACUGUCCUCAUACCGAUGGAUACCAGUGCGCGUGUUCUUGAACUGGCAUAUGUUUUGGAACAUGCAUGGCGGGAAUCAGCUGAGACGGCAGAUGGAGAGGACCCAUUAAAAGGUGCAGGCCUAUACCUAGCUGGAAGGAAAGCCCACGGUACGAUGCGGCUUGCACGAAGCAUGCUAGAGUGGAUGGAUGAAGGUAUCGUUCGAGAAUUUGAGGCGGGACAUGGCAGAGACCCUGUCACUGGUGGUGGUAAAGGCCGUUCUGAUGGCCCUAGCCAGCGAAAUGCUCCAGCUUCCGUCCCCGAUAAAAAGAGCGAUAACGCAUCUAAAGGUCUUGGCCCAUUUACGUUCAGGCACCUUAAAAUCGUGGAACGCAAAACCAAACUUGAUAAAAUUCUAGGAUCAAACGCGCCUCAAGUAAUUUUAACGCCUGACACAUCACUUGAAUGGGGAUAUUCUAAGCACGUUCUGCAAAAAAUAGCUGCGGGGUCUGAGAAUCUUAUUAUUUUAACUGAGCCCUAUCCUAUUUCGGCCAAUGCGCAGAGAACAGAAGAUGGAGGGUCGAGAUCCUCGCUAGCUCACAAGAUAUGGUCUAUUUAUGAAGAACGAAGGGAUGGAGUCGCUUCAGAAAAAACCGCUAGUGGAGAGCUGCUAGAGCAGGUUCAUAGCGGCGGAAGCAAGUUAUCUGUCACUGACGUUGAAAAGAGUGCUUUAGAUGCCAGCGAGCUUCUUAUGUAUCAGCAGUAUUUGGCUACACAAAGGCAAUUGCAAAAUACCUCUCAAGGGAUUGGAGAUUCUGGGUUAGAAAAUACGGCCGAUACACUUGAUGAUGGAUCUAGUUCGUCGUCGUCUGAAGACUCUGACUCAGAACAACAAGGAAAGGUGCUUAACGUCUCUGUUUCCCUUGGGCACUCCAAUAGGAAUAAGCUAGGCUUGAGCGACGCUGACCUGGGUGUUAACAUUCUCUUACGACGGAAAAAUGUUCACGAUUACGAUGUCCGCGGUAAAAAGGGCCGCGAACGAAUGUUUCCAUACGUUGCUCCAAAAAAACGUGGAGAUGAAUAUGGCGAAUUUAUACGGCCAGAAGAAUAUCUGAGAGCUGAGGAACGGGAAGAAGCUGAAAUGCAGACACAACGCGGUCCAGAUGGACGUAUCCAAACCAGACUUGGCCCGAAGCGAAGAUGGGGGGAACUUAACGCUAAUGGUAAAAAACCUCCAAAUGCAAAUAAGCGCCAGCACGUAUCACCUGGCACCGGAGAUUUACAGGAUAUCAGCGGAGAUAUGGCGCUUGCUGGUGGACUUGUAAUCAACGGCACUGAAAACGCAAGUUCAUCUGAAGAAGACACUGAAGAGCAACCUGUCGAGGGCCCCUCCAGGGUGACUUUUGUUCAUUCAACACUGGAAUUGAAUGCGCGCAUCGCUUUUGUAGAUUUUGCUGGUUUACAUGACAAACGCAGCUUGGAAAUGCUCAUUCCUCUGAUACAACCAAGAAAGUUAAUCUUAACCGCUGGUCUCAAGGACGAAACCAUGGCUCUCGUUGCUGAAUGUCGGAAUUUGCUGACAGCGAAAGCUGGAAUAGAACUGGGGUUGUCUAGUGAGUCAGUUGUCGACAUCUUCACGCCAGCACCUGGCGAGACGGUGGACGCAAGCGUCGACACCAACGCCUGGAUGGUAAAGCUAAGCAAAGACUUGGUCAAACUUCUAAAGUGGCAAAAUGUUAGAAGUUUAGGAGUCGUUGCCCUCAUGGGAGAGUUGCGGGGACCAGAGCCUGCCUCUGACGACGAAAACGGUCCAGAGAUGUCCCAAAAGAAGCAAAAGAUGCUACUAGAAAAUUCUCCUGGCACCGGGGAGAACAAGCAGAAUCCACUGACUCCCAAGAAGGACAGCUUUCCACUUCUAGAUGUUCUACCCGCCAACAUGGCUGCGGCAACAAGGUCCGUGACUCGACCACUUCAUGUUGGAGACCUCAGGCUGGCCGACCUUCGUAAACUUAUGCAAUCCUCAGGCCAUACUGCCGAAUUUCGUGGUGAAGGCACUCUUUUAAUCGAUGGAUUUGUUGCUGUAAGGAAAUCUGGGACUGGGAAAAUUGAAAUCGAGGGCGCCGCUCAAUCCGUUCUCUCUAACCGCUCAGCCGUGAAGCAUGAUGAGGGAAGUUUUCUGGCAGUUAAGAAGAAAAUUUACGAAGGCCUGGCGAUUGUUGCAGGAGGAUAA